AUGAAUAAGAAUAUAUUGUGGAUAACUUUUUUUUAUUUUUUAUUUUUUCUCUUGGAUAUGUACCAAGGAAAUGACGCAAUUCCCUCAAAAGAAAAAAAAAACGAUCCAGAAGCAGAUUCUAAGAACUCACAGAAUCAACAUGAUAUAAAUAAAACACACCAUACGAACAAUAAUUAUGAUCUGAAUAUUAAGGAUAAAGAUGAGAAAAAAAGAAAAAAUGAUAAUUUAAUCAAUAAUUAUGAUUACUCUCUUUUAAAGUUAUCUUAUAAUAAGAAUCAAGAUAUAUAUAAGAAUAUACAAAAUGGCCAAAAGCUUAAAACAGACAUAAUAUUAAACUCAUUUGUUCAAAUUAAUUCAUCAAACAUAUUAAUGGAUGAAAUAGAAAAUUAUGUGAAAAAAUAUACGGAAUCGAAUCGUAUUAUGUACUUACAAUUUAAAUAUAUAUAUCUACAAUCCUUAAAUAUAACAGUAUCUUUUGUACCUCCGAAUUCACCAUUUCGAAGUUAUUAUGACAAAAAUUUAAAUAAAGAUAUAAAUGAAACUUGUCAUUCCAUACAAACACUUCUAAACAAUCUAAUAUCUUCCAAAAUUAUAUUUAAAAUGUUAGAAACUACAAAAGAACAAAUAUUACUUUUAUGGAAUAACAAAAAAAUUAGUCAACAAAAUUAUAAUCAAGAAAAUCAAGAAAAAAGUAAAAUGAUCGAUUCGGAAAAUGAAAAACUAGAAAAGUACACAAACAAGUUUGAACAUAAUAUCAAACCUCAUAUAGAAGAUAUAGAGAAAAAAGUAAAUGAAUAUAUUAAUAAUUCCGAUUGUCAUUUAACAUGUUCAAAAUAUAAAACAAUUAUCAAUAAUUAUAUAGAUGAAAUAAUAACAACUAAUACAAACAUAUACGAAAACAAAUAUAAUCUACCACAAGAACGAAUUAUCAAAAACUAUAAUCAUAAUGGUAUUAAUAAUGAUGAUAAUUUUAUAGAAUAUAAUAUUCUUAAUGCAGAUCCUGAUUUAAGAUCUCAUUUUAUAACACUUCUUGUUUCAAGAAAACAAUUAAUCUAUAUUGAAUAUAUUUAUUUUAUUAACAAACAUAUUGUAAAUAAAAUUCAAGAAAACUUUAAAUUAAAUCAAAAUAAAUAUAUACAUUUUAUUAAUUCAAAUAAUGCUGUUAAUGCUGCUAAAGAAUAUGAAUAUAUCAUAAAAUAUUAUACUACAUUCAAAUAUCUACAGACAUUAAAUAAAUCAUUAUACGACUCUAUAUAUAAACAUAAAAUAAAUAAUUAUUCUCAUAACAUUGAAGAUCUUAUAAACCAACUACAACAUAAAAUUAAUAACCUAAUGAUUAUCUCAUUCGAUAAAAAUAAAUCAUCAGAUUUAAUGUUACAAUGUACAAAUAUAAAAAAAUAUACCGAUGAUAUAUGUUUAUCCAUUAAACCUAAAGCAUUAGAAGUCGAAUAUUUAAGAAAUAUAAAUAAACACAUCAACAAAAAUGAAUUCCUAAAUAAAUUCAUGCAAAACGAAACAUUUAAAAAAAAUAUAGAUGAUAAAAUCAAAGAAAUGAAUAAUAUAUACGAUAAUAUAUAUAUCAUAUUAAAACAAAAAUUCUUAAACAAAUUAAACGAAAUCAUACAAAAUCAUAAAAAUAAACAAGAAACAAAAUUAAAUACCACAACCAUUCAAGAAUUGUUACAACUUCUAAAGGAUAUUAAAGAAAUACAAACAAAACAAAUCGAUACAAAAAUUAAUACUUUUAAUAUGUAUUAUAACGAUAUACAACAAAUAAAAAUAAAGAUUAAUCAAAAUGAAAAAGAAAUAAAAAAGGUACUCCCUCAAUUAUAUAUCCCAAAAAAUGAACAAGAAUAUAUACAAAUAUAUAAAAAUGAAUUAAAGGAUAGAAUAAAAGAAACACAAACAAAAAUUAAUUUAUUUAAGCAAAUUUUAGAAUUAAAAGAAAAAGAACAUUAUAUUACAAACAAACAUACAUACCUAAAUUUUACACACAAAACUAUUCAACAAAUAUUACAACAACAAUAUAAAAACAACACACAAGAAAAAAAUACACUAGCACAAUUUUUAUACAAUGCAGAUAUCAAAAAAUAUAUUGAUGAAUUAAUACCUAUCACACAACAAAUACAAACCAAAAUGUAUACAACAAAUAAUAUAGAACAUAUUAAACAAAUACUCAUAAAUUAUAUACAAGAAUGUAAACCUAUACAAAAUAUAUCAGAACAUACUAUUUAUACACUAUAUCAAGAAAUCAAAACAAAUCUGGAAAACAUCGAACAGAAAAUUAUGCAAAAUAUACAACAAACUACAAAUCGGUUAAAAAUAAAUAUUAAAAAAAUAUUUGAUCAAAUAAAUCAAAAAUAUGACGACUUAACAAAAAAUAUAAACCAAAUGAAUGAUGAAAAAAUUGGGUUACGACAAAUGGAAAAUAGGUUGAAAGGGAAAUAUGAAGAAAUAAAAAAGGCAAAUCUUCAAGAUAGGGACAUAAAAUAUAUAGUCCAAAAUAAUGAUGCUAAUAAUAAUAAUAAUAAUAUUAUUAUUAUUAAUGGUAAUAAUCAAACCGGUGAUUAUAAUCACAUCUUGUUCGAUUAUACUCACCUUUGGGAUAAUGCACAAUUUACUAGAACAAAAGAAAAUAUAAACAACCUAAAAGAUAAUAUACAAAUCAACAUAAAUAAUAUCAAAAGUAUAAUAAGAAAUUUACAAAACGAACUAAACAAUUAUAAUACUCUUAAAAGCAAUUCCAUCCAUAUUUAUGAUAAAAUACACACAUUAGAAGAAUUAAAAAUAUUAACUCAAGAAAUUAAUGAUAAAAAUGUUAUCAGAAAAAUAUAUGAUAUUGAAACCAUAUAUCAAAAUGAUUUACAUAACAUAGAAGAAAUUAUUAAAAAUAUUACAAGCAUUUAUUACAAAAUAAAUAUCUUAAAUAUAUUAAUUAUUUGCAUCAAACAAACAUAUAAUAAUAAUAAAUCCAUUGAAAGCUUAAAACUUAAAAUUAAUAACUUAACAAAUUCAACACAAGAAUAUAUUAAUCAAAUAAAAGCUAUCCCAACUAAUUUAUUACCAGAACAUAUAAAACAAAAAAGUGUAAGCGAACUAAAUAUUUAUAUGAAACAAAUAUAUGAUAAAUUAAAUGAACAUGUUAUUAAUAAUUUAUAUACAAAAUCAAAGGAUUCAUUACAAUUUUAUAUUAACGAAAAAAAUUAUAAUAAUAAUCAUGAUGAUCAUAAUGAUGACCAUAAUGAUGUAUAUAAUGAUAUCAAAGAAAAUGAAAUAUAUAAAAAUAAUAAAUUAUACGAAUGCAUACAAAUCAAAAAGGAUGUAGACGAAUUAUAUAAUAUUUAUGAUCAACUCUUUAAAAAUAUAUCCCAAAAUUAUAAUAACCACUCCCUUAGUUUUGUACAUUCAAUAAAUAAUCAUAUGCUAUCUAUUUUUCAAGAUACUAAAUAUGGAAAACACAAAAAUCAACAAAUCCUAUCCGAUAUAGAAAAUAUUAUAAAACAAAAUGAACACACAGAAUCAUAUAAAAAUUUAGACACAAGUAAUAUACAACUAAUAAAAGAACAAAUUAAAUAUUUCUUACAAAUAUUUCAUAUACUUCAAGAAAAUAUAACCACUUUCGAAAAUCAAUAUAAAGAUUUAAUUAUCAAAAUGAACCAUAAAAUUAAUAAUAAUCUAAAAGAUAUUACACAUAUUGUCAUAAACGAUAACAAUACAUUACAAGAACAAAAUCGUAUUUAUAACGAACUUCAAAACAAAAUUAAACAAAUAAAAAAUGUCAGUGAUGUAUUCACACAUAAUAUUAAUUACAGUCAACAAAUAUUAAAUUAUUCUCAAGCACAAAAUAGUUUUUUUAAUAUAUUUAUGAAAUUUCAAAACAUUAAUAAUGAUAUUAAUAGCAAACGAUAUAAUGUACAAAAAAAAAUUACAGAGAUAAUCAAUUCAUAUGAUAUAAUAAAUUAUAACAAAAAUAAUAUCAAAGAUAUUUAUCAACAAUUCAAAAAUAUACAACAACAAUUAAAUACAACAGAAACGCAAUUGAAUCAUAUAAAACAAAAUAUUAAUCAUUUCAAAUAUUUUUAUGAAUCUCAUCAAACCAUAUCUAUAGUAAAGAAUAUGCAAAAUGAAAAACUAAAAAUUCAAGAAUUCAACAAAAAAAUACAACACUUCAAGGAAGAAACACAAAUUAUGAUAAACAAGUUAAUACAACCUAGCCACAUACAUUUACAUAAAAUGAAAUUGCCUAUAACUCAACAGCAACUUAAUACAAUUCUUCAUAGAAAUGAACAAACAAAAAAUGCUACAAGAAGUUACAAUAUGAAUGAGGAGGAAAAUGAAAUGGGAUAUGGCAUAACUAAUAAAAGGAAAAAUAGUGAGACAAAUGACAUGAUAAAUACCACCAUAGGAGACAAGACAAAUGUCUUAAAAAAUGAUGAUCAAGAAAAAGGUAAAAGGGGAACUUCCAGAAAUAAUAAUAUUCAUACAAAUGAAAAUAAUAUAAAUAAUGAACAUACAAAUGAAAAUAAUAUAAAUAAUGAACAUACAAAUGAAAAGAAUAUAAAUAAUGAACAUGCAAAUGAAAAGAAUAUAUAUAAUGAACAUACAAAUGAAAAUAAUAUAAAUUAUGAACAUCCAAAUAAUUAUCAACAAAAAAAUGAUGAAAAAAUAUCACUACAACAUAAAACAAUUAAUACAUCACAACGUACCAUAGAUGAUUCGAAUAUGGAUCGAAAUAAUAGAUAUAACACAUCAUCACAACAAAAAAAUAAUUUGCAUACAAAUAAUAAUAGUAAUAGUAGAUACAACAAUAACCAUGAUAAACAAAAUGAACAUAAAUAUAAUCAAGGAAAAUCUUCAGGGAAAGAUAACGCAUAUUAUAGAAUUUUUUAUGCUGGAGGAAUUACAGCUGUCUUACUUUUAUGUUCAAGUACUGCAUUCUUUUUUAUAAAAAACUCUAAUGAACCACAUCAUAUUUUUAAUAUUUUUCAAAAGGAAUUUAGUGAAGCAGAUAAUGCACAUUCAGAAGAAAAAGAAGAAUAUCUACCUGUCUAUUUUGAUGAAGUUGAAGAUGAAGUUGAAGAUGAAGUUGAAGAUGAAGAUGAAAAUGAAAAUGAAGUUGAAAAUGAAAAUGAAGAUUUUAAUGACAUAUGA